CUUCGCACGGAAGCCUGUAGUUAUAUAUUUAAUCGGCGCGCAUCAAAAAAACUUGAUUCUGGUUAAUUGUGAUGAAAAUACUGUUACCGCUGGUCAUGUAAACAAAUUUAAGUCGGUGGUUUCUAAAUAUCCAGAAAAUACUCUGGGCAUUUAUGUAACAAAAAAGGUGUCGAAAAAUUCUUUAAAACUCGCGAAUUCAAGUCAAGAUAUUAAUAUUAUAGUUACAAAUUUGAUCAAACUCAAUAAUUCUGUCAGUUCAUAUUUUGAACUUAAAAAGAACUCUUCUAAUCAAAAAAUUUGUGAACUUAUGAUGAUGAGAACUGAUGAAUUAAACGAUGUUAAGUUUG